AUGUCAACAUUAGAUGAUUUGAAGAUUCGCAUUGUUGCGGUGAUUGGUUCAGAAAAAAAUGGAUGCACUGCGAAUCAUUUGUAUCAGAUAUACAAGGAUAUGUAUGGCAAAGGUUUGCAUCCGGAAGAAUAUGGCUUUGAGGAUUUGGAUUCACUUCUUGUUUCACCAGCUAUGCAAGGCGAAGGUGGAAUUGUGUAUGAAAAUGGGCGAUAUUUCGCAGCUGGGGAUAAAAAUACUAAAAAAAUGUUAGAUCUUGUCCGCAAUACAAAGUCAAAAUCUCGAAAUCUCAAAACAGGGCGAAGAUGUAAUGCUGCAAAAUCUUCGACAUUUAUGAAAAGAGAAUUUCGACCGGUUGCACCAGCUUAUUCUAACUGUAUUAAAGCUGAAAGUUCGAAAUUGCCUAAGUGGUUUCAGAACGAAGCUAUUUCGAUAGAAAAAACGGCAACGAAAUUCCAAGAAAAUUCAGACAGCACUUUAAAAAAUAUACCUCAAUCAAAUCUCAAAGCAAAAUUCUAUAAAAAGCAUAUGCAGUCUUCUUGUGUUUCUGAACACCAAAAGUUAGAACUAAUUACACCUAUGCAAACUUCGGACAAUAAUCAACCAUUAUACAAUCAGCGAAAUUGUGAUUACGAUAAUCAUUCCGUCGCAUCAGCUUCAGGGAUCCAGCCACAAUCGCUUGUGAAUAAAAUUAAAGAAAAUGGAGUCUUGAAAUCUCAAAAGGGUAGAAAGCGACUGAUAAAACUCAUUGAACUAAAUGGCGGUGAAAUAAAAUUUUCGGAAAUGAAAAAAUCAUAUUUAUGUUCUUUUGAUGUUUCUCUUAACAAUACUGAGAUCUGUCGCUUAUUUAAUACGAAAGAAGAAGAAAUUCAAAACCUUUAUGAAUUUCUCAAAAAGCGUCUAUAUAACGAUGUUCUGGUAACAAAAUGUGAAGAUGAUGAUCUUUUGCUAAGAGUUAUUAACGACGAGAACGAUAGUGAUGAAUUUGAAACUAUUCUCGGUUCUGUCAAUGUUAUGCCUCAAAAAUCAUUGUCACUUGCGUCAACUUUGGUGCAACGGGAUAUUUUUCACAGUUCAUUCAGUCAAAAUCAACAUCGACUUGAUUUUCUGGAUCGUUCUGUUGUUCCUAUUUCUUCAUUACCGAAAACUGGUACUGCUGAUAAUAGCUGUCUUCAAGAUUCACAGUUUCCUGUUCCAAAUGUUAAUCUAUCGGAGAAAGCGAAUGAUAGAUAUAAACACGGGAAUGGAUCAACAUUGGCUUCGGUGAUAAGGACAAAAGAUGAUUAUUUGCCGUAUAAGGUUUUGAUCGAUAAAGUGCUCCGUUUUGUCCGAACAAAGGGUUCCUUCAAGGUUUCUGAUUUGUCGAGGAUUUUUUAUGAAGAGGAUGGUAGAAACAUUGAUCCUAGGAAUUAUCCGGAAGGUACAUGGGAGAAUAUAAUACAAAAAUUGCUUUCAUCUGGUAGAUAUCCAGAACUCACAGUUCGAGAUGGUAUACUUCAUCUCCGGAAACACUUUGAAAAAUCAGCUUUCCCAUCUGUUCAAUCAUCGAGUAAUUGUGCAAAUAGUGAUCGAAAUGAAUGCGAACGACCAGUGCCUCCAAGAUCCAUUGAUAACAGUGUACCAGCCGCUAUAAUCUAUGACCUGCUGCUGGAGUCAGGAAGGCCUUUACAUCAGAAAGAAUUACUCGAAAAACUGAGUGCAAGAGGCAUUAAUAUGAACAUUUGCCAGCUUACAAUUAAGCUGAUAACGAAGUUCAAAAAUGUCUUUUGCUGCAAAUUUGAUUUGGCAGGAAUUGUGAUAUCAUUAAUGGAUGAUACUAAAAUACCUGAAGAGCUAGCCCUAUCGCCUUGUUUACCAUCAUUCACUGAAUCAGUUAAAAUAGUCAAUCAUGUUAUGUCGGAUUAUUGUUCCACUACUGAAUCAGCUGGCAAUAUUUUUAAACCAGUUUUAUUGAUAGAUAUUGCUUUGAUUAGAGAACCACUGGAGAGAUUUCGAAUCCAGGCAUUCUUUAGACUUCGCUCUUUUGAACGCGAAUAUAAUUUAUUCGAAAAAAAAAUGUGCCUUCACUACCUAUCUGUUGUUCCGGAAGAGGAAUAUGCUAUAAAGAAACCCAUAAAAGAUUGUAUUUACGCUUUCCAUGAUAUCAAAAAUGAUCGGGUUUAUCGAGUCCAGUGCAUGGGUGACGUUAGUCACUCUAAUGCUGUGUCGGUUUAUUUAAUUGAUCAAAUGCGCUAUCAAGAGGUACCAAUCAGUCAAUUGAGAAAGCUGACGAGUGAUUAUACAAGACCAUCAUACGGUGUGGUCGCAAAAACUGCACCAUUUAUGAUUGCACCUGGAAGAAAGAAUGAAUUCGAUAAAUAUUUCUCUUUGGUAUAUUCAAAGCUUCUUGGAGGUACUACUCUGGAUAUCCAAGCCGAUGUGGUUUCUGAGCCAUCGAAAAAUCUUUUCGAAUUGAAGCAACUGUACAGCGAAGUACACAGUCUAAAUGUGCCAGCAAUGUUUUUGCGACAGAAUUUGAUUCAAGUGUUUCCUUCAAACUUAUAUUAA